AUGGCUCAUGGACUGCAGAUAAGAGAUGAGGAAAGCGGCUACAACAAAAAUCUGUUUUGCAUUCCAAAGCAUUAUGAAGAAGAUUUAGAAAGAGUCUUCAUUCCUCAUGGACUCAUCCUGGACAGGACAGAACAUUUGGCUAGAGAUAUCAUGCAGGACAUGGGAAGUCAUCACAUUGUUGCACUAUGUGUCCUUAAAGGAGGCUAUAAAUUCUUUGCUGAUUUGCUGGACCAUGUAAAAGCACUAAAUCAAAAUGGUGAUAAAUCUGUGCCUGUUACCGUGGAUUUUGUCAGAAUAAAAAGCUACUGUAAUGAUUCACCUGCAGAAAAAAAAAUCAGUUUUGUUGGAGAGGAACUGUCUGCACUAAAUGGGAAGAAUGUGUUAGUAGUAGAGGACAUUAUUGAGACUGGGAGAACAAUGAAAGCACUGCUUUCAAAAAUAAAAGACAAGAAACCAAGGAUGGUAAAAGUUGUAAGCCUGCUCGUUAAAAGGACACGUCAGAGUCCAGGUUACAGACCAGACUAUACAGGCUUUGAAAUUCCAGAUAAAUUUGUGGUUGGAUACGCUCUUGACUAGAAUGAAUACUUCAGAGAUUUAAAUUCCACGUUGUUUAUGCUC